AUGACGCUGAUCGGUCAAGGUGCGAUUCCACUGCAGCUUCUGGUGUUGGGCUGCACGUUGGUCGGCCCGCCUGCGACGCAGAAAGAGGCAGAGGUAAAGCCGCCGUCGACGUGGGGCGCUGCAUCUUCACCCGCCGCGGCCACUGACUCGAGCGGUGCGGUGUUGGCGGUGGACGCAACAGCGGCAGGCGCAUCGGGUGCGGACGUGAACGCGUGCAUGCGCUUCGUGAUGUCGGUGGUCUCCCCGCAGAUCAUCUUCACGUUGUGCACCGUCCUCCUCCGCCUGGUCAUUCUGCCGGCUGCCUGCUUUCUGCUGCUGCACCUUCUCGUGUCGGUGGGGCUCAUGCCGAAGGAACGGCCUUUUCUCCUGGCGAUGCUGACGGAGGCGCUUUCCCCGUCCGCCAUGAACUCAUCGCUUAUCUGCGCCAUGUACGGCUACCACGCCGUGGACUACUCUCGCAUGAUCUUUGUCCAGUACGUGGUGUGCACCUUCAGCACCACCAUUUGGCUUUUCAUCUUUGUCUUGUACAUCGAACGGACGACGUAG